AUGGCGCUCCGACUUGGUGACACCGCUCCCGACUUCACUGCCGAGACUACCAUCGGCAAGAUGAAGUUCCACGAGUACAUCCAGGGCUCGUGGACCAUCCUCUUCUCCCACCCCGAUGACUUCACCCCCGUCUGCACCACCGAGCUCUCGGCUGUUGCCCUCAGCUACGCCGACUUCCAGUCCCGAGGCGUCAAGCUGAUCGGUCUCUCCGCCAACAACGUCGAGUCCCACGGCAAGUGGAUCCAGGACAUCAACAAGCUUGCUCCUGAUGCGCCCGAGCUCGACUUCCCCAUCAUUGGUGAUGAGGACAGGAACGUCUCCACCCUCUACGGGAUGCUGGACAACCAGGACAAGAGCAACGUCGACAAGAAGGGGUUGCCUUUCACUGUCCGGACCGUCUUCAUCAUCGACCCCGAGAAGAAGAUACGUCUCACCCUGGCUUACCCCGCUUCCACCGGCCGCAACUUCCCGGAAAUUCUCCGAGUCAUCGACUCUCUCCAGCUCGGUGACAAGUACAAGCUGAUCUGUACGAUUACAACUCCGGCGAACUGGAAUAAAGGCGAUGACGUAAUCGUGCACCCGUCUGUGCAGGGCGAGAAGGUCAAGGAGCUGUUCGGGGACGACGUCAAGACCGUCUACCCUUACCUCCGUUUCACGGCCGACCCGUCGACCAAGGGCAAGGCUAGUGCCUAG